CUGGCACAAAACCACCUCUUCAGUUAAUGGAGAGUACAGGGUUUUUUAGGAUGCUGGAGGCCUUUUAGGAAAGAUGUGGGAAUGGAGGUCCUUCACCUGAGAUCCCUUAGCAGAGAAUGUUUCUAUGUGGGCACCAACUUUCAGGAAAGCCAUUGAGAAGUGACUGGGUGAAAGGGAAAGCAGAAGAACAUCCAACCAAGGCUGCUCCCCCUUUUUGGAGAGCAGGGAUUGGGGGGGGGAUCAGUUGGGAAAAAAUAAGGACACCCCAACAGCCCAGGUUAAAAACAAAAGUACUACCUACCUCAGAUCAACAGUAACAAGUUCCUAGUCUACCAUACUUUCUCUGCCAUUCAUCUACCUGGGGCCUCAGUGCAGUAGGAGGAAUUCACACUCUGGCUGCAGUUGGAAAUUUGCACCUUUUUUUUUUCUUCUCCAGACCCUAAGGUCUCACGUGCUCCUCCCCUCUCACGCUUUGAAACUCAGAUGAAGUACUGGUGAGAAGCCAGGUCGGCUCCCUCCCACCAUCCCCCAGACAGGCGUCAGAGAGGACGCGGAAGCUGGGGACAGUCACCUGCCUUGGGAACAGCCGGAGUGCGUCCUCUCCGCGCACUCGAGGGAUCGCGGUUAGGGCAGUUAACUGCGGAGCGGCGCCCUUCAGACCCACAGAAGAGGCGUGGAACAAAGAGUUGCAGGACCAUGACUGAUCCUGGGACCAGAAGCAGGAACCACUGCCCCCUGAGUCUCACCUGCCUCCUGCUCAUUGUGGGAAUGUACUAUGUGUCUCCUGUUUUCUGUCACAGUCAGACAGACCUGCUGACUCUUAACCAAGCUGAUCCUCAGUGCUGGGAGUCCUCAUCAAUGCUCCUCCUGGAGAUGCGGAAGCCUCGUGUUUCUAACACUGUCUCUGGCUUUUGGGAUUUUAUGAUCUAUCUGAAGUCAUCUGAGAACUUGAAGCAUGGUGCCCUGUUUUGGGAUCUGGCCCAACUCUUCUGGGACAUCUAUGUAGACUGUGUCCUCUCUAGGAACCAUGGCUUAGGAAGGAGGGAAUUGGCUGGAGAAGAACAGAGAGUCUCAAAAGUGCUGCCCAGGCAUUUGGGGAUUAAACAAGGUGCAUAUUCUCAGCUCCUUAGAAGCAUUUACUUAAAGAAGAAGGAAUUGAUUGGAGAUUUGACAAGCAUGCAAUUGCAAAAGUGGGGCCCUGGGUUCACUGGAAAAGAGAAGCUGCAAAUAAAGAGAAAUCGAAGCUAAUUUCAGAGUUAACUGAAGCCUUGGAAUAAAAAAAAAGAAUAUUUUCCUAUCAAUGAUUUAUGUAUUUUAAGCGGUGUAAAUGUCCAAGGAUGUCAAAUUUUCUAAGAAUCCUAUUUUCAGCAUCUUGGUUGCUAGCUGGUCUGUUCACAUGGUAAUUACUGAUUGACCACCCCUCUGUCUACAGGAGCUAAAGAAUUUGCUGGGAUGAGGGAUUUGUCUCUUUACAGUAUGAUAAUUUGCCGGGGAAGGGGUGGCAAUGCUAAUGAGCUAGAAGGCCACACAUUUAGCAUAAGCUACACAAAUCACAAGCCAUUAACUGCUGCAUUGUUUAUGAAACUGGAGUGGAAGGACUAUAUGCAUGAGCGGGACUGCUGAUGGUCUGCGAUUCUCAACCUUGUCUGGGAGAAUAGUUCUGAAUAUGGAAUGAAGGAAAAAAACCACAGGGGAAUAAAACAUUCAUCUAAUGAAAACAAAAUUAAUAAAAGCUUUGGCUCCCAA